AUGUCUGCCCGCCUGCAGCUUCCCGAGGAGAGUGCACGGGAUUAUUUGGGCUGUCUUCGUCUGCUAGUCUUCGCCGCAUUCCCGAAUUGCCCACCGGUCGUGACGGACGCAGUUCUUACAGCGCAUUUCCGCGCUGUUAUUCGGGACGAUCACCUACGACGGAAGCUAAUUAAGAAGCCAGACCUGACCUCGGAUCAACUUUUGUCUCUGGUCCAGGACUAUGAGGACCACUAUGGGCCAUCGCUCACCACCCCUUGCUUCGCAGCAUCACUCGUCCAGCGGAAAGAGACUCGGUCGGUGGUGACCCAGACCUAUCGCAAUUUCACCCACCCAUCCCGGGGAAUUCAGGCUCCAGUAGCCGAAGUUUAA